UGCAAUUCCACCAUUUUAUUCAAAUGCUGUAUAAAAAGGAUCAGUGUUUGUACUAUCAUCACUUAAUUAUUAAAUAAUGAAAUCAGAUCAUCAGAAGGGCGAAACUGAGGGGAACAUAGAAGAGUGGGAGAAACUUGGAAAAAGAGGACUGACCCUUAACACCAGAGCAGUCAACAUAAUCUGGGGUGGAAAUGAGAAGAACUGGAGAAGGAGAGCAGAAGAAAAUUAUGGUGUUAUGGAGCUAUUAGGAGUCUACUGGCUGGAGAUUACUGGAAGAAUUCCACUCAAAAUUCUGGAACCAAAUACACCGUAUAGACUGUAUUUUAACAUUAAACUGAUCCCAUCAGCUUCAGGUUUUGAUUUAUAUCCAGUAAUCUUCAAACUACACGUGAAUGGGACGAAGGUAUCAUCCACUGAAGUAAAUCUAUCGAAUUACAUACGUAGCAGUUGGGUAGAUUUGCCUGAAGAAGGACUGAAAUUCUCUGUGCCUAAAGAAAAAGAAGAACCAGGAGCUUUGACUUUCUCUAUGCAUGAGAUUGAGUGUGAGGAGUGGAAGAAAGGUAUUGUCAUUAGGGAGUUGAAGCUGAUGUCAGAAAAAGCUUGUGAAGCGACAACAUAAGCUGUUAUUAUUAUUUUAUUUUAUUUUUUUCCUCGUCUUAUCUCUUAAUAAUCUUGAUUGCAUGGUUGAAGAGGAAUUUAGUGUUCUGUUGUAAUGCCUAAGUUAUAUUUUAUUGAAAAAUGUC